AAAUAAAAACUUUAAAAAAUGGAACUAUCCUACAAUCUGGUAACUGCACUGCUAGGUAUUUAUACAAAGAAUACAAAAAUAUGAAUUCAAAGGGCUACAUGCACCCGAUGCCUGAUUUUCCACACGGACCUGGUGGUCGCGGUGUGGGAACUCCAGCCUGGGAGGAUGGUGUGCAUCCCUUGCUGCGUCAUGGUUCUGCUCUGGAUCUACAAAGAAUUCCUGGUGCCAUACAUAUGCCCUCUGCUUUCUGCCUUUGUUAGUCGCAUGUGGCCUAGAAAAGCUCUUCUAAAAUCCCAUGAUAAAAACAAAGGCAAAGCAGACUGCAAAGGUGCAGACAUAAGUGGACUGCCAACAAAAGGACCAAAGGAAAUGUCUGAUAAAAAUAAAGACUUAAAGGGAUUGUUUUAA